UCUACUUCCCAAAUCACGUAUAUUACAAUUUUCAACCUGUUACAUUUUAUACAUAAAUUUCUAUGAAAUUGUUAAACUUGUAAGUUAUUUGGAAUGCUCAUAGCGAAAUUGGAGUAGUAGUUGAGUAGUAGUUCGUGUUUUGACUGAUAGGCUCCAUAUCGGGUAAGUCGCGAUUUUGUAUUAUCGUUACUAGUGAGUAAAAUUAUUCUGUAUUAGAGUUGCGAAACAGUCAAAAUUCUACGUUUUAAGCUACAGGGCGAAUGAAUGUUAAUUUCACGCGUUAAAUUAGAGCCGUUAUAAUUCCUAAUACUCCUCUCUGAUAAUAGUAAACAUGUAAUCUUCUUCCAUCUUAACCAAAUAUACAAUAGCAGUUAAUACUAAUUGUCAGAAACGAUACGAAUAUUUCAAACUAGCAUGUACAAUAGAUUAAUUAUUGAGUGAAAGACGUUUCCCGCCUUUUUUUCUUCAAAUAUCAAAUAUCAAAGAUAUGCAUCUCUGAAUGUACGGCCUCUAUACGAAGCUUUGUCAAACUUGUGAAUAAUAUAAUACUUGCGCGCAUGGGUUUGUAUUCUACAACGAUUUUAAAUCUUACAUUCUUGAUAAAUUGAAGUCAAUGAGUAACGAAGAAAUUGAAAAUUGCGUGAAUUAUAUUAAAUUUAUUCUGAAUAAGAAAGGUAAAAGCAACAAAUAGAUCUAAAAUAUCGAAAUAUGAGUCAACGGUUUGAAAAAUUGAGAGAACAUGGUAAUAAAUCAGAAAUAUGCGCAUUUGUUCAAGAAUCGAGCGUGGAACAGCUUACGCGAUUAAUACAUAGCAGUAUUUGUAAAUCGAAUGGAAUAAAAACAUUAGAUAACCUUCUGCAAGCAUUUUCCAAUUCUGAAGCCUGUCAAACUAAACGACGAAAAGUGAUUGAAUCUACGUUAAAACAUUUGGAGGAAACUAACAUAUCUCUAGGACAGGCAAAUGCGAUCGUUAGCCGAAUAAUUUCUGACUUGCCAAACUAUUCAAAGCAACAUCUUGUCAAACUUGUUAACUUCUGUCUCACAAAUAUUCGCAAUAAUGAUAAUGAGCUAUGCAGUUGGAAAGAUUUAUUACCUGCAUUACUGGAGGCACUGGAAAAUGAAAAAUAUAUUGCUCAUGCAGAUGCUGAAGUUUCUGGAACCGAAUAUAAAUCACUAAUUAUUAAAGCCAUAUGUAAUUAUCAUUGGAACGUCAAUCUUUUACCAUCUUUGGCAAAAAUGUUUGGGGAUAUGGUACUAGAUAAAACAGAUCGUAAUGAGGUUUUGAGGGCAUUAUGUUCUGCUCUUCCAAAUCUUCCUCUGAAUCAAGUACCCUCAUUCACAUAUCAGACGUUAAAAUUAUGUCCAAAUCAAGAUAAUAGAAAGCUUUUGAAUGCCUUGUCCAAAUACUUUGAGCUAUGUUAUUCAAAGACAAGUUUGUCUGAUGACAGUAAUAAUCUUGAAAAUAUUGAUACAAUUAAUUUAAAAGAGGUACAAGACAUUGAGAGCACUGUUUUGUAUCAUGUGUACCAAGCUGCUCAGUUAAAUCAUGAAAACAUGAAAGAUUUUAUCCGUUUCCUUAAACAUGUGUCUCAUACCCCAGAGUACGUGCUACAACCCUUUAUACUCUCUGUACUGAUGUCAGUUUCUACAAUAUACGAAGAUCAGAUAUUUGAGAUAUUAAGAUUGGCUGUGGUUAAUAGUAACUUAGAAAAAGAAAAGCGACAAAACAGUGCAUGGAUGAGACAACUUUUACCUACACCUUGCAAUAUAAUUGGGAUUAUUCGACAAGUCAUUGAUAGCAGCAAUAAAGAUCGUCAUUUAGUACUAAGGGGACUUACAAAUUUAGCUUUUACGUUAAUGAAUGCUGAUCAAAAAUCCAAGAAUAAUGCAACAGCUAUGUGGCGUAUUGGAUCCGAAAUAAUACGAGAAAUAAUUAAGAAACGUCACGAGACAGUUCCUAUUGUGUUACAAGAGUUGAUUAAUAAAAUAGUAGCAGGUGGUAUGCCGACAACACACUAUACAGAUUGUUUAAAGUAUAUGUGCCGCGAAUUGUCAAUAGUAGUUUUGGAUCACCAAGUCUGGAUUAUAACUAUCCUCGAACGGUUGUUAUUUUUACACCCUACAGUUGCUAAUCAAGUUUUGUAUGCUAUUUUACCAUUGGCGCGUGUUUCACCAAAUAUACGAGAAAACCUUUUAUUGACUUUGAGAAAAGCUCUUUACAGGAAAGGUGCAUUAAAACGACAAACAGCUGUGACAGGAUAUCUUGAAAUGUUAAAGUAUACAAACAUGCAUUCUCAACUUAGCUUUAGUCUUAGUCAAUUUAAUGAUUCAAUGAGCGCUAGUACUAGGUCAACAUUAACUCAGAUAACUUUGGAGUAUAAUUCGCAACGAGGAAAAUCGGUGACAGACUGCGAUAAAACUUUAUAUUAUGAAAUAUCGGAUAUAUUAAAAAAGACCUUUACUUAUGAGUAUGAAACGAGAUUACACUUGUACGAAGGCCUGUAUGGUACUGUGACCAAAAAUCCCGAAAUAACAGAAAUUCUAGUAGACAUGUUCCUUUCACAUUUGGAUCUAUAUCUUCAUACAGAUGAUAGUGCCUUGCCACCUGUAAAAUUGGAAUUGUGUACAGAUGUCCAUGGAAUGGAAGUAGUACUACAAGAACCUAUUGCUCAAUUGAUAUUUACAUUACAAAAGACAUAUAUUAAUACAGUUGUAAAAAAUUCACAUAUUCUUGAAAAAUUACAUGAUAUUUUGAAAUCACUGUGCAGGAAAAUGGCAAUUACAGAAUUGGAGCAUUUAAAUUUGGAACAUGGAACUGACUUACUUCAUGAAGACUUUCCAAAGUCAGAGAUCAAGUUAAAGAAUCUUGGUAUGGUCAUUGGGAUAUAUGAGGCUUUAAUGGCGUUUCAAAUUGGAGAAUGGUCGAAGGGGAAUGAGGAAAGCUGUCAUGAUACUAACAAUUUGUUUAAAGGAUAUACACGUUUGAUAGACUUUAUUAAAAAGCAAUCCACAAAAACAAAAAAAGGUGAUGGUAAUAAAUCUAAAAAGGACAGAGAUCCCAAUAAUACAACUAAAAAGCCGGCUAAAUCAAAUAAUAUCAAAAUACCAAAUACUAUUAUGGAUUUGGAUGUAGUUCGUCAAAGUUUACCGCUCUUAUUUUCUAGGUCUUCUACUCAAAAUGAUGUUACACUUAGAAGAGACCACAGCUUUUGUUGCUAUAUAUUACAAACAUGUGAACAACUCUUACAACACACAAAAUCAUUUAUACAGGAUACCUCUCAAUUGCAAAAUCAUAACUAUAUAAAUACAUAUAUUGAUGUUGGAAGAUUGCUUUAUAAAUAUUUUGUACAAAAUUUGGAUGAUGCACUUAUAAAUGAUGAACAAGUAACUAUAUUGGCUUUACAAUGUUUCAAGGAAAUUUCUUGCUGCAUAUGUACAUUACUUUCAUCUGAAUUACCAAAAUUUCUCAAUUCAAUUUUUGAAGUACAAUCAAAGAAGGAAUCAAAAUCUACAAAUAUCAAUUCUCAAUUACAAGAAAUUAUUUUUUCAUUGAAGUCGUACCUUAAGAAGUUUCUUACAGAAGAAACGCACAAUGACAGGGAGAAAAUAUCAUUUCUGUUAUUACAAAUAAUAGAACAAUUUACAUAUAAGAUUAACUUUGAAAAUUACAAUUCUGAAGAGAUGGUCGAAUGUAUAAAAGAAAUUAUUCAAGUAGAAGAUAUUCAAAGCCCUAUUGUUCCUACAAUCAUACAAUUCUUCUUGAACUUGGAAGAACAUAGUCAAGAAUGUGGAGAUACAUUGAAUGAAAUUUGUACGGAAUUAUGUGAAAAAGCUGGGAACAUUGAUAACGUAGCAAUUGAAUUAGCAGCAAAUGGUUCAUAUAAAAGUAUACGUGAAGAUACUAUACUACAAGUUUAUAAUGUUUUGAGUGGUCAUAUUAAACAAAAAUUGGAUAAUGCUUCGUGGUUAUUGAUGCGAUUAAAGGCAGAAGACACUAUAGCUAGAGCACCUGGAACAAUUGAUGAAACUUGGAAUAACAAUUUAAGAGAUAAAGAACGAAAUCUAUGUAGACAAUUAUCUUAUCUUGCUCAAGCACUUCAAACAUUAGCUAAUACAUUAAUCAAACCAGGUCCAUCCACUGACUUUACUUUCAAAAAUUUGCAAUACUUGUAUCAUUUACUUGGUAAUCUUACAAAAUACUUUUAUGCUAAAUCGAAUGAUCAGAAUGCAGCGUUUCAAGCAGUCAAAUUCAUUCAGGUGGUACAAAUAGCUGGAAAAUCAUUAAAAUCUGCUUUCUAUAAUUUGGUAACAUAUGUAGAGGAAAAUCAAAAUAAAUUAAAAUUAAAAUCCGAUUCAUACGCACAAAGGAAUAAAAUUUUAAAAGAAACCAAAGUAAUACCUCGUGUAGUGUAUGAAAUCGAACAAUUUAACAAAGAAAUAUUACUACUUGGCAAAAGAACGGGCAUACCGCUAGAAAAUUACUUAAAACGAAGUAUAACGAGAGAUUUUAGAAUUAAAAACCCACAACUGAUAGAGGGACUUGAGGGAAUGGAUGUCAGUUUACUCAAUACACAAGCUCCAGAAAACCCUGAGAGUGAAACAUCGAAUAUGAAUGAUUGUGACAGCAAUAGUGAUGAUGAUACAUCUCAAAGCAAACGACUCAGGGUGGAUGAUUGAAACAUUAUUAAUUAAAAUAUUUAAUACUGUCUUAUUAUAAAAAAGCUUGUAUUUUAAGUAUUUUUAUAUAAAAAUUGUUUAAUAAAUUUCAAAAUGAAAAAUUUUA